ACACGCCUGCGCGAGCGGGCAUGCCCCGGAAGCAGUUCUUUGGCCCGGUGACACGUAGCAACGGGGCUGCUUCAGGAUCUGAAACUGAGUUUGGGAAUUGUUUGGGACUGCGGAAGCUACUGCCUUUGCCGCCAGCGCAGCCUCCGCGUUUGAUUAUUUGCAAUGUCCGGUUUUGAAAACUUAAACACGGAUUUCUACCAGACAAGUUACAGCAUCGAUGAUCAGUCACAGCAGUCCUAUGAUUAUGGAGGAAGUGGAGGACCCUAUAGCAAACAGUAUCCUGGCUAUGACUACUCGCAGCAAGGCCGAUUUGUCCCUCCAGACAUGAUGCAACCACAACAGCCAUACACUGGGCAGAUUUUCCAGCCAACUCAGACAUAUACCCCAGCUUCACCUCAGCCAUUCUAUGGAAACAACUUUGAGGAUGAGCCACCUUUAUUAGAAGAGUUAGGUAUCAAUUUUGACCACAUCUGGCAAAAAACACUAACAGUAUUACAUCCAUUAAAAGUAGCAGAUGGCAGCAUCAUGAAUGAAACUGAUUUGGCAGGACCAAUGGUUUUUUGCCUUGCUUUUGGAGCCACAUUGCUACUGGCUGGCAAAAUUCAAUUUGGCUAUGUAUACGGGAUCAGUGCCAUUGGAUGUCUAGGAAUGUUUUGUUUAUUAAACUUAAUGAGCAUGACAGGUGUUUCAUUUGGUUGUGUGGCAAGUGUCCUUGGAUAUUGUCUUCUACCCAUGAUCCUACUUUCCAGCUUUGCAGUGAUAUUUUCUUUGCAAGGAAUGGUAGGAAUCAUUCUCACUGCUGUGAUUAUUGGAUGGUGUAGUUUUUCGGCUUCCAAAAUAUUUAUUUCUGCAUUAGCCAUGGAAGGACAGCAACUUUUAGUAGCAUAUCCUUGUGCUUUGUUAUAUGGAGUCUUUGCCCUGAUUUCUGUCUUUUGAACUGAAUUUAUCUGGGAUGUGGACAUCAGUGGGCCAAAUGUGCAAAAAGGACCUUGAACUCUUAAAUUGGACCAGUGACCUGCUGCAGUGCAACUCUCAUGCAGAUUUACAUAUGACUGCUGGAGCAAUGAAAGUAAACGUGUACCUCUCAUUCAUUUUUAUAGAACUUUUACAUACUAUACUGGGUUUAUCUGCAGUGCGACUAGCUUUAAAUGUUUGUGUUUAUACAAAUAAGAAAUGCUAUUUCUUUCCGGUUCCUGCAGCCUUUGAAAAACCUUUUCUUUGCAAAUUAUAAUGUUUUUGAUAGAUUUUUAUCAACUGUGGGAAACCAAACACAAAGCUGAUAAUCUUUCUUAACAACAACCCAGACAUAGUAAAGAAGACUUACUGCAAAAAAAUAUUUUUCCGAGGAUUUAGGAAAGAAAAAUUGCCUUGUAUUCUCAAGUUCAGGUGCACUCAAAGCAAAAAAGUGAUCCAAAUGUAGAGUAUGAGUUUCCACUCCAAAAAUUUGACAUUACUGUAAAUUAUCUCUUGGAAUUUCUGCUAAAAUUCAGAGCUAUAGGAAGUUCACAGUCUACCUUAUUGUAGACAUGAAAUGUGAACACUUACUUAGAUAUUAGUGUUAACUAAGGCUUAGUGAUCUGGAAUGGUUGCAUUGAUGCUCAUGGUUGGGUCUCCACAUUUCCCAAAAAAGAAAAAAGUCACUAACCUUUUUUGAGAAAAAUAUUUAAAGUUUUACAAUUUCAGUAUCGCAGUUAUCAAUGUAAAGUACAUUUGAAUGCUUAUUAAUUAAAACUUUCUCAAUUAAU